UGUCACUCCAUGGGUGUUGGCAUGUACUUCUUGUAGCUAGCGUUCAUCCUCUUGUGGAUUUGGUGACUUAUCUCCACGCCCUGCUUGACGAGGUAGGGACUCACCGCUUCUCAUGCUAUUGUUUAAGUGGCAGCCAUCCACAUGAAGAGGAUGGCGAGGUUAUCUCAGUCUGUAGAAUGCUGGAAUGGAAACGACAGAUGCCACUCUUCCUGUUAAAGUAGAAAUUGCCAAUUUCGGCUGGUGAAGAAUGUGCCAUUUCGUUGUGUGAUACGCCGAGGUGGAAUUUCGAAUGACGCAUCUUCAUCAACGGACAGUUUUCGGUAGUUCAGAAAUUCAUGAAUCAUCAACCGUUUCAGAAACGUCCUUCAGUUUCGGGAGAAGGGAAAAUUUGUGAGGAGGUUUGGUAGUUUUAACAUGAGGAUAUACGAAUCAUAUUCAUGCCUCCCUUUCAUCGCCUGGAAGUAUGCUGUUGUGGUGGGACUCCCUUGCAGCUUUUCUCAUAGUGAAGGCUCUGCAACGUUACGGAAGUGAUGUCGAGAGCACUUGUGCGUGGGGUUUGAACGUGUUGGGACAAUUGCUGCUCAUCAAUUUUAACCAAGCUCCCCAGCUGAGGGGAUUAGGGCAAUUCGAGAGAGAGUGGGGACGAUGACCUCAUACGGGAAGCGGUCGUCCUUCGGGAAUGUUUCCAGGCGAACAUCCGACGCAGACAGAACCGAUGGGUUUCGGUUAAUAGAGAUACCGUUCUCGCCCUUAGCAAAAUGCUAUUUCUCGGAUGACGAAUUUUAUAUUGCUCCUCGGGAUUAUGGCAGCCGGCAAGCCUACUUGCGCUCCUAUGCCUUCACAAGAGCGGACUCGCCAAAAGCAUCCAAAGCAUCUCCAGAAAAGAUGAAGAAACCUCUGUCACGCUUCAAGGCCGCGGCGUGGGCCGUGGUGGCGUGCAAACACCCGCCCUUCUCGCUGCGAGUUAAGGUGAUCAAGGAGAAGAUGAUGGUCGAAAUCUCGCGUUGUUUCAGCAAUGGUGUGCACUGUUUACGUCCGUCUUGUCUGCGGAUGCCGCACUGUGUCAUGGCUAAUUGAGACUCAUGGCUAUGGCCUCUUUGAUCGGAAGCUUGACAAAGUUCCUUCACUGAAACAACAAUUUCCGUUGUUCUAGCGUCUAUUUGGGCCGUCUCCGUCGCCAGUUCCCGGUCGCUGCGGUCGCCUAUACCAGUGCUCUUGCUGAAAUUUCUUCAAUGAAAUGGAUUGCUAGGCUCCCUUCGGCAAUAGACUGCCUCAGAGGACCGGGGCUCCUGUUCAAGAACCCUUAGCUUCCUCGAAGAUUGUAAGAAGGCAGUGUUGGUUAAUUUCAUCGCUGCUUGGACACUAAGACUUGUACAUUUGACACUUUUGAUUGCAAAGGUGAUCUAGAUUACCUCAAAGAUCAUGCUUUUGGAUGUAAGUGAUGUAAGUUCAGAUUUCUU